AUGUUGCCAAUCUCCCAUGGCCUUUGGCCCGCGGCUGGAUUCCUCACCCUCGGCUUGGAAGCGUUGUAUCAAGAACAUGCCGCUCUUAAUCCCAACGAUGCUCCUGCCGCCGCGAAUGAGCUCUGCUACCGUUUCCGAAAUGUGCGUUUCCCAAGAGCUCUGGUGCUCGAAGAGAACAAAGACACAAUACUCGUUCUCACAUUGGUGCAAGUUCCUGGUGGUAAAGACUGGCACGAGUUCCGCAUAUCGACAACAUCCGACGCAGACGUGGUUGCGGAACAUUGCUUUGGACUCGUUCGAAUCCAAGAUCCUGUUGAGGAAGUGCUGGAGAAGAUUACGCCCUUGAAAUCGCCUCAAUCGGCUCGACUAUGGUAUAAAGUAGAGCGAGACAUUGGUAUGGACUUUGGACCUGCUUUCCAGAAACUGCUUAGCAUCGAAGCGACAAGUGGUGUGCGUGCCUGUCGUACUCUCGUAUCGCUUUCAGCGCCUCAGUCCAAAUUCUCACCUCAAUCAUACUAUCCAAUUCACCCUGCAGCUCUCGAUGGUUGCUUCCAGACACCAAUUCCGGCUAACAUGGCCGGUGAACGUGUCAAUGUGAGAGAUGCAAUGAUUCCAGCUAUUGUUGACGACGUUAUCAUCAACAAGGUCCCGGCUGAUUUGAAUGAAGGAUUGUCUCAGGCAACCUCAGUCUAUUCUGGUCGUGGUUGCCCUGAUCAGGACAAAAGCUGGUUUGCAAAUACUUCAGUGUACGACUCUAAAACCGGGAUUUUAGCAAUGCGAAUAACUGGACUUCAUUACGUUAAGCUUGACGUUCCUCCACGGCCAGAUCCGCACACUUUCGAUCUUGUGUCCUGGAAACCUGAUGUUGCAUUGCUCACUCAAGACCAGAUGAUGUAUCUUCCACUUGGAAAGUCAUCGUCGAGGCUUGACCGAGUAAUCGAUCUCAUUGCACACAAAAAGCCCACCCUGAAUGUGCUUGAGAUCAGUCUCGACGAAUCAGAUACUUCGUGUCUAUGGUUUGGGGCCGGUGAUAUCCCAGCCAGAGCUUCAUACACUAGCUAUGAUUUCGCUGCGACAGACGGCAAAGCCUUGGUCAAUGUCCAGACGGAGUACGAGGGGAAAUACAACUCCUCUUUCCUUUUCAUCAGUACUGACAAGGAGAACCUCGGCCUUUCUUCUGAUAAAGGCACAGAAUGCAUCAAAGGAAGCAUACAGAAGCUGAAGCCACUUCUUGCCGCAAACGCUUUCAUGCUUGUGGUUCAACUGGAAAGCGAGGGGUUGACGACAAGCGGGCAGGAUUCUGAAGGGGAUGCCGAGAUCAAUGGGCAUCUCAAUCAAACUCCACCAUCCGAGUCAGCCGAAAACACCUCGCCCACAUCUCCGGACUCAGGACGAGCAGGUUCCUCUAGUUCCGUUGACUCACUCGCAUGGGACCAGGAUUUAGCAGUGGAAUUACUGCAAUCAAGCAAGGAUGGACCUUUUCAACGAAGGCUUACAAAGGCGGGUGAUUCGAAUUCAAUUAUCGAGAUUGCUGCAAAUGGUCAAGGCAGCUCAGCAUACCUCUUGACCAACAAUAGCGCUGGAGAGAUAGACAGAGACAGUCGACGAAACCUCGUCAUUGCUUGCCUCGACGAGACUGCCAGACAAGCUAUUGGUCCCUCCCUCAAAGCAACACUAGAAGCCUCAGGGUGGUCCAUUAGGCAGGAAACGUAUCCAUUCUCAAAACUCGCAGCUGGAACUGUCGUUUCAUUCAUCGACGAACUAUCAAAGCCGAUCCUCAGAUGGGCCAACGAGAAUCAAUGGGACGCCAUCAAGACACUUAUCACGUCCGGUAACCCUAUCCUCUGGGUCACCAAAGGUGCACAAGGAGUUGUCACAGAUCCAGACAACGCACUGGCACAGGGCCUAUUCAGAGUUGCGCGCCGUGAAGACAAUGGCAUUAGUUUGUCCACUCUGGACGUCCAGUCCAGCACGAGUCGCGCAACGGAGUGGGCGGUCGAUCAGGUACUCCACUUGCUAGGACGAGAUACGCCAGCAGAAUCCCAGUAUAUGGAGCGUGAUGGGAUCCUGCAUAUCCAGAGGAUAAUUCCAGACGCUGCAGUGAAUGACUUCAAACGCGCUGAAGUCACAGGAUAUGAGCCCGUCAAGAAAUCGUUCCACGGCACCGAGGCGCAGGCACAGCUGAGAGCUGAGCGUUUAGGCACUCUGCAGAGUCUGACAUGGUGCGAGACAGACGUUGGAGAACUUCCAAUGAUUGAGCCAAAUAACAUUGAGGUCGAGGUGAUGGCGGUAGGUGUUAAUUUCAAGGACGUUGCAAUAACCAUGGGAAUUGUGCCCGACAACGAGUACAACAUCGGAUUCGAAUGUGCCGGCGUUGUUACCAGGCUCGGAUUGGGCGUCAAUAAGUUCAAGAUCGGCGAUCGUGUCUGCAUGUUGAAGCAAGGCACAUAUGCGAACCGAGUUCUGGUUGAUGUUGAUCAUUGCCAUAUAAUUCCAGCAUCAAUGAGUUAUGAGGAGGCUGCGACUAUUCCCUCAUCUGUGCUCAUUCAUUCCGCAACUGGUGGAGUUGGCUUUGCCUGCAUAGAGUUAGCUAGGUACAAGAAAGCAGAGAUCUAUGUUACUGUCGGCACUGAAGAAAAGCGUCAAUUCCUUGAGACCACCUACGGCAUCCAGAGAACCCACAUAUUUUCUUCACGCAGCAUCAAGUUUGCAGCAGAGAUAUUGCAAGCAACUGAUGGUCGAGGCGUGGAUGUCAUCGUCAACUCAUUGAUAGGAGAGUUGCUUGAUGCGUCUUGGAGAAUCAUGGCAGACGGCGGGACCAUGGUUGAAAUUGGCAAGAGAGAUAUUGUGGACCGCAACACCUUGGCCAUGGAACCAUUUGAUAGAAAUUGUUCAUUCCGAGCAGUGAACUUUUCGUACACCAAGCAUAUCAACGGGCCCUUAGUAGCAAGUUCAGCUGCUCUGGCUCAUAUCCGGGCUGGAAAGCAUAUGGGCAAAAUCGUGAUAUGCAAUCCACAUGGAGAUGACAUACAAAAGCCUGUCCGACCAGCUGUUCGCAAGCUCCACCUAUCGCCAGACGUCUCCUACCUGAUCGUGGGUGGCCUCAAGGGUGCAUGUGGAACCCUUGUCAUCCACAUGGCGAAGCAUGGAGCUCGACACAUCUUCGUUAGCAACCGUAGUGGGAUUAGCGACGACGCAUCUGCUAAGGUCGUACGAGACUGCCUUACUUACGGAUGUGAGGUAAUCGAGGCGAAAGGGGACGUCGCUGAUCUCAAAUCUGUUCGACGAAUCUUUAAGUCAACUUCUCCUAGAAUUGCAGGUGUCGUCCAAGGAGCCAUGGUGAUCAAGGAUAAACCUUAUGAGACAAUGACACUUGAUGAUUUCCGUACAUCUCUCCAGGUCAAAGUGCAAGGAACCUGGAACCUUCACCACGCUUCUGUGGAGCUUUUGAAGCAGCCACUUGACUUUUUCACCAUGCUCUCCAGCAUUUCAGGUAUUGUAGGCAGAAAAGGCCAAGCCAAUUACGCAGCAGCGAACACAUUCCUUGAUGCAUUCGCAAGAUACCGACAGGCUCAAGGCCUGCGGGCUAACUCUCUUGACCUUGGAAUGAUUGUGGACGUCGGGUACAUAGCCGAAGAUGAAAAUGGCCUGGAAGCUCGAUUCGACAAGACUCGCUGGAUUCCAGUCAAUGAAAGCAUGCUGCGCAGGGUCUUGACGUACUCCAUUAUGCAGCAGGAUCCCAACACGUUGAUCAAUGCUGAAAGUAGCACUCAACUCAUCACCGGCAUUGCAUAUCCUCUCCCAAAAGACGGCUCGGACAUAGCUCAAGACCCUCGUUUCGGCUACCUCUAUGCCAGUCCUGGUGGUGGUAGUCACGGAGGCCCAGAUAUCGUUGAGGGUAGCGACAAAGGUGAUCAAGCACUCCGUGCUUUGCAGAUGAUGAUCAAAUCAGAAGGCGACUCGGCGACAUUGGUAAAGGCAGCUGCCAAUGUAUUAUCGGCGCAAUUCUCCAAGAUCUUGCGGCUUGGGGAUGAGAUAGAAACGGGCAAACCGCUGAUGGCAUACGGACUCGACUCGCUGGCUGGCGUGGAGUUGCGCAAUUGGAUCCGCCAGAAGAUUGGGGUCGAGCUAGUCAGAGCAGACGGCCUCCUCACUCCCUUUCUCUCUGCCUCUUCAAGCAUCACUUGUCUGCAAUAUCCUCUGCUGAGAGUUCCAUGGCCUUGUCAGAUCCCGAGUAAAUGA